AUGCUGUGGAUCCAGGGGAAGAUUUCCACGGCAGGAACUGUGGUGUGGCUCUUCUUGCCCUCCUUCGUCGCCGGAGUGGUGCCCCUCUUCGGGAUCUGGUGGCAGGCCAAGCGAUAUGGAACCUCGGAGAAGUCGCCGGAGAUCGAAGCACCCGUCGCCAGCUGGAACAGCAAGAUGGUCCUGCUGGUGGGCGUGAGCUGCAUCCUCAUGGUGCCCAUUGUGAAGAUGGUCACCGGGCUGCCGCCCUACCUGGGCAUGAUGAUGGCGCUGGGGGUGUUUUGGCUGGUGUCCGAGAUUGCUGACCUCGCCGCGGAAGAAGCUGAUGAGGAGACGGGAAAUGUUGCUGCGAUUGCAGCCCACGGCAAGCACGGCGUGCCUGCGGCGCUGCACUUCGUGGACCUCAGCAGCCUGCUGUUCUUCACCGGCGUGUUGCUGGGCGUGGCCGCGCUGGAGUCCGCGGAUGUCUUGGCCCAGUACUCCGAGUGGCUGGAAAGCAUCACCAAGGGCAGCGACAUAUUGCUGGCCGCACUGAUCGGCGUUAGCUCGGCUGUGGUCGACAACGUGCCACUGGUGCAGGCCUCCAUCGAGAUGUUCCAUGAGCCAAUGGAUGAUCCGCUCUGGCAGCUGGUGGCGCUUUCCGCCGGGACGGGUGGCUCCAUGCUGGCCGUCGGCAGUGUAGCAGGAGUCACGCUCAUGGGGCUCGAGAAGGUCAGCUUCCUGUGGUACGCCAAGCGUAUCUCCCCCUGGGCGGCACUGGGCUUUGCCUUGGGUCUGGGCACCUACCAGCUGCAGCGUCUGAUGGCGCCAGCAUAG